AUGGGGGAGAGCAAGAAUCCGGCGGAGGAGGGCAAGAUUCCGGCGGAGGAGGGCAAGAUCCGGCGGAGGAGGGCAGGAAUCCGGUGGAGGAGGAUUACCUUUUCUAGAAGCACAUCAAAUGGGCAACAGCUACAACACUUGGCUGGUGCAAUGCUCGACAAGGAACAAAUCCAUCAGUUGGCUGUUGCAGAGGGAGAGACUGCCUCGAAAAAGCUGCCGUUGAGGAAAAACAAGGACAAGAGAAGUGAACUUGUGCAAGUCAAGAAAGAGAAGCAGUUGGGUAGUUCCCACAAGACCCAGUUGCCUGUUGUAGCAGAGGAGCCAAAGGAAGAGAGGAUAGAGGAGCCAGCAAGCGAGUGUCUCCGCGCAAUGCUCAAGAAGGAAAAACUCCAUCUGCAGGAUGUUGUAGAGGAAGAGGUUGCCUCGGAAUGGCAUGCCUCCUACUCCAUUCGCUUACGCAAACAUCAUCUUCGACGCAUAUACAAGGGCUCAGUUCUCCUCGACACCGAAGUGAACCGCCUCCUCCUCUACGACAUUGAUGAAAGUUUCAUUGAUGAAUAUUACCUCAAGGAAGGAGAAAUGAUCUAUCCAGGAGCAACUUUUAGUUGUCCUUGCCACAAGGUUGAGAUUGGUGAGUGCAUUUCUCAAUCUAAAGAAGAUACCCCUUUGCCGACCAACAAUGCAACAAGAACAAAGGAAGAGAGGAGAGAUGAGAAGAAUAGGAAGAGGUUGAAGAGGAAGAGACCUGAUGAGAAUUUGGAGAGAAGUAGUAACUUAAAGAAAGUAAAUAAGAAAAUGAUGAGAUCACCUCAAGCAAAAUUGUUGAGAUCUUCAAUAGGCAGGUUUGCAAGAGUGGCGUCGCUAAGGAAGGGAAUGUCCCCUCAAGCACAACAGAGGAAAUCAGAAUCACCUUCAGUACCAAAUGUUACUGUACAUUUCCCAUCCACAAAUCUUCCUCGUGCUAAGGCUAACUCCAGCCGGUUUCGACCACGGAAACUGAAGUCCCGUAUCUGGAAAGAAUUCAUUCCUAUAUAUGAAGAUGGAAAACUUGCGGAAGGCAUCUACAGAAAUGUUUGACGAGAAGUAG